UUUUGGGUUCGUUCCGUGUUUCCGCCCAUUUCCAAUUUGCCGAAGCUUCCUUUCGCCUCCCCUUUGGAGCGGGGGUGCUCGCAUCGGUUUUUUCGCCUGUUAAAAAUCGAAUCUUGACGAGCUUCGGUUCGUGGGCAAUGGCCAUUUUGAACCAAAAAUGAAACUUUUUUCUUCCCUCAGAUGAAUGCAAUGAUAAUUUCGAGCUCCCCGUACAAUUUCAAGCAAUGGGUUUUGCGAGACAAAGGCCUUGAAAGCUGCAAUGCGGUUUCUUGAUUUCGGCCUCGCAGUCGAGUUCGAAUUGCUUGCGAUGGGGGAGUUUUCGGUUCUAGAAUUUCGGGCGGUGAAAGAAAAUUUGAUCGGGAAGGGAGUAAGGAAUUGCGUGCCUUGCGAUCUGAGGAGUACUUGCGCGUCUUGGGCGACUCGUUUGGACUCCGGUGGGGGCAGGGAGGUAAUUUGGACGCGCCUGCUCGCUUCCUCUUCGCCCGUCAAAUCUAGCGGUCGACGUGACGUACUUUCGUCACGCGUCACCGACCCGUCCAUCGCCCUUUCCCCUCCGGUUUUUUACACCCUUUCGACCUUUCACGGGGUCCCGAAUUGUCUUUUUCAUUACGCCCCGUCGGUUCCGAUGCGGAUGGGCUCCUGGAUUAUCGGAACGUGAUUACUGACUCAAUCUCUUUCUUGUCCUUCCUGACUCGUUGGUAAUUACUCGCGUGGCAAAAUUUGAUCUUUUUUAGGCCACGCUUUUUUAUUGCUACCCUUCUCUUAUCGGGAGAGAGGCUUUGACCGUCAAAGAAGCUUCCUGGUCGGAGUUGCCAGUUGAUGAUCGGGCUGUCAACGAUCCACGUUUGACAGCCCGUUUUUUCUUGGACAGCACCAACACGGAGCAGCAUACAUAUUAUAAGCAGGGGAGAGUUUGAAUUGUUGCCAGGUCAAAUAAAAGGUGAAUCUUAAUUCUGGGCUUUCUUGGUUCAGAGCAACCUGACUGUUUUAGCAUUGUUGCUAGAAUUCUUUUGCUUGUGUGAACCUUUGGAUUGGCAUUAUAGAAUUUGAGCUACAUUUACCUGAUGGGUUCGUUGUCCGGGAGCUUUCAACGCCCUCUUGUGGCAGCUGCCGCAGUUGCUGCAGCUUCCGUCACAGCUGACCUACCUGAGAAAUUAUCACCUUCGAAAUCAUCGGUCACUCGCUCCAAUUUGGAACAGCUCGACUCUUCAUGUACAUCUAAUGCAGUGCACGACUCAGAUCCUUCGUGGGUUUCGCAAAUAUCAGUCUCGAAGCUUUCGAGUUUUUCAUUUGUGAGCAGAAUCCGAAUACCUCUUCCCAACACUAAGGAUCGAUUUCCUCAUUUGGGUCACAAUCUUAAUGCAAAUUACUCGUGCUCUUUUGUUGCGGCUUCUCCAACCUUAGUAAAUUUGUAUCAAUCUGCGGAGUUGGUGAAAGGUCCGAAGCCGGAUACAUCUGCAAGAGCACUCCCUACCUCGGCUUCGGCGUCGGCUUCUGAUGUUGUAUAUAGAUGGCAUUUACCUGAACUGCAAUCUCAAGACAUUUCGGGGUCUUCAAAUUGUUCUUCUGAAAAGCAAAAGACAGUUGUGGUGCUAUUGGGCUGGUUGGGAGCAAAGCAGAAGCAUUUGAAGAAAUAUGCGGAGUGGUACACUUCAAUGGGAUUUCAUGCUAUCACCUUCACCUUUCCGAUGGCCAAGAUUAUGACUUACCAGGUUGGAGGCAAAGCAGAGCAGGAUAUAGAGUCACUUGUGAAGCAUCUGGCUGAUUGGUUAGAGGAUGAGCUUGGGAAGAACAUUGUUUUUCACACUUUUAGCAAUACUGGAUGGUUAACAUAUGGAGCUAUUUUGGAGAAGUUUCAGGAGCAGGAUUCUUCUCUGAUGGGAAAAAUAAGGGGUUGCAUCGUAGAUUCUGCUCCCGUCGCGGCACCAGAUGCUCAGGUGUGGGCAUCUGGUUUCUCUGCAGCAUUCCUGAAAAAGAGUAGUGUGGCAACAAAAGGAUCCUUAAGCUCAAAUGAGUUAGGUACGGGGGUGGUGGGCAGCCAUGCAGUCGACUCAAACCCAAAACCUGCAGUGGGCUUGGACCCAAAACCUGCAGUGACCGAAGCAGCUUUGUUGCUGAUUCUGGAGAAGUUCUUCCAGGUUAUUUUGAAUCUUCCUUCUGUGAACAGGAGGCUUAACGAUGUGUUGGAUGUGUUGUCAUCUCGACCGCCGAGUUGUCCACAGCUAUACAUUUAUAGCUCGGCAGACCGAGUCAUUCCAUCGGGGUCCGUGGAGUCGUUUAUAGAGGAGCAGCGGAGGAUGGGUCUCGAGGUCAGAUCCUGCGAUUUUGUCUCGACGCCUCAUGUCGAUCAUUUUAGAAGUAACCCACAAUUGUAUACAACUCAGCUUACCCAUUUCUUGGAGGACUGCGUCCUUACUUGCUGCAGAAGACCUUCAUGAGUAGUAACCACCCAGAAGGGACAUAGAAUAACCGGUUUUUGUCUCUAUUCUUUUCCUCUUUCUCGACUUAAUUCUCAUCUACAAAUGAUUAAAUGCUCAUCUACAAAUGAUUAAAUGAUUAAAUGAUUAAAUGAUUCUUUCUGUUUAAAAUUUCUUAGUUUGAGAGGUGUAAUCAUCAUGUUGGGAAGAGACAGAGAUGUGAACAUUUGUAAAUUUUACUCGACCGCAAUACAAAUUUUUUACCAUUUGAGUCU